AUGGCCGAAGAACUCGAAAUUCAGGACCAGGCUCCCGCCUUCGAGAUUGGGCUUUGCGAAGGCGGCGAUGAAGGCAGUGACUUCCGCACCCAGAACGACCCUUCAGCUCCGCUACAGCGCCGCAAUAUUGUAGAGCGGAGGGGUGUUGUUGAUAUCCGCUGCAAUAGUGUAGAUGUCAUUCAUGGGUAUCUAAAGGACGGCGAGGAUCCUGCGACACUCAUUGUCUAUGAAUUCCAAUUCGACCCAAGGAAGAAGGCGAGGCGCAUUAGCAUAGUUGACAUUGAGUUUUCAUUUGGCUCAGACGGUGGGAAGGAGCCGGAGGUUCUGAAGAUAUCGAACAAGGGACGGAUGGUCCUGGGGCGCACCUCGCUGACGGAGACUAUCACCCAGGGCGGCGAGGCAAAAGCAGGGGGAAAUAUCUUGGGCGCUGAGAUUGGAGGGAGUUGGAAAUGGGAGAAAGCCAGUACCCGUGAGACCAAUGACGCUACCACGAUCGUCGGUUCUAUAGAUCUGCCACAUGGCGGUCGUAACUAUGGCGCCCCAAACACGGCUACGUGGACAAUUAUUGAGAACCAGACAAUGAAGACGGGCGUGCCGGCCUAUAUUCGCACGGCAGUGCUGCUGUCGCGCAAUGACGACGAAGACGAAUUCUUCAGCACGUUCAAGAUCAAGGCUAAGGCGGACCUAAGAAGCGGUUUCGCUCAGUUAUUUGGCCGAACCCCGAAAGAUGACCCCAUUCUCUACGAUGCAACUCUCCCUCCUACGAAUAAACUACAGCAAUAUGAUACGAACUCUCUAGGUCAGGUAGAUUUGCAAGACUUUGCGAAGGCAUCAUUCACAAAUUACGAAGAGUGA